GUCCGGCAACCUCGCGUUAUUGUGUAUUCAAAAAACCUAACCUCUGCUUUAGAUUUUAAUAUUUUCCAUUUGGUGAGUGGAGUAGUCGUUGAAACCGAUAACGUUAAACAAAAUGAGCAGAAAAGAAGCAUUAUCUUCGUUUAUUCAACAAAUCCAUCAACGGCCGGUGGUAGUUAAGCUCAACAGUGGUGUUGAUUAUAGAGGAGUCCUGGCUUGCUUAGAUGGAUACAUGAACAUUGCUUUAGAACAAACGGAAGAAUAUGUGAAUGGGCAACUGAAAAACAAGUUCGGUGAUGCUUUUAUUCGCGGAAACAAUGUUUUGUACAUAAGUACGCAGAAGCGAAGAAUUUAACAUUAAGUUACUUAAAAUAUUGAAUACCUACACUACUUAUUAGGUUUUGGAAUUAAAUUUUUCAUUUGUUUUGCCUGCAAA